ACUGAAUUCAGCCAUACAAUAGUCCUGUUUGUUUGGUGCAACGAAGAUGAGACGAGUGGUGUUGUGUGGGGUGAGCGCUGCGGCUGCUUCACUGGCCGCGGCGAGGACGGCUUCUGCGCUGGCUCCAGUGUCGACAGCGGCGGCUGUGAGGCUCUCAUCAUCUGCAUCAUCUGCAUCAUGUGCAUCAUCUGCAUCAUCUGCAUCAUCUGCAUCGUCUGCGUCCUCGCCAUCGUCCUUGUUGCAGCCGCACCAUCGCCAUCAUCAUCGUUGUCAUCUUCGCCUCCUCAAUGGGCAGCAGUGGAGGGGCGUGUCGACGUCCACGGCUGCCGCCGCACCACCAUCCUCGUCAUCCGGCGAAGAGCACGGCCCCUUGAUGCUGCACCCAAAGUUCUGGCAGACGCUGGACGACUCUGGUGGCCCCGCGCACUUCUGGGGGGAGCAGGCGCGCCGCCACAUCACGUGGUACCACGACUUUCACACGGUGCAGCACCACGACACGGAUCGCGGCAUUGUCUCCUGGUUCCUCGGCGGCAUCCUCAACGCCUCUUGUGCCAGCAACUGUGGUCGCUGUAAUAAUGUGAUCCCUGUUGUUAAACCCACCAACUACUCUGAGUUGCAUGCACAUUCUGCCAACUCACAGUUGCACCUCAAGCUUGCCGGCGUCAAGCAGGUGUCCUACUCUGAGUUGCAUGCACAAGUGUGCAAACUGGCCAACGUCCUCAAGCUUGCCGGCGUCAAGAAGGGCGACCGGGUGUGCCUGUACAUGCCGAUGACGCCAUAUGUGGUGUAUGCGAUGCUUGCGUGCGCGCGCAUUGGCGCUGUGCACUCUGUUGUGUUUGCCGGGUUCAGCGCGACGUCGCUGCGCUCGCGCAUCCUGGACGCCGGGUGCAAGGUUGUGAUCACUGCUGACGAGGCCGUGCGCGGCGGGAAGCGCAUCCCGCUGCGGCAGACGGUCGCCGAUGCCCUGGCCUCCGACGGCUGCGCAGAUCUCGUCAGCACCGUCCUCGUCCAACGCAGGACCGGAGUUGAGGGCGGACUCCGCGCCGGUGAUAUUGAUCUCAUCGACGCCAUGGCCAAGGAACGACCGUACUGCGAGCCGGAGAUGCUGUUCAGCGAGGAGCCGCUUUUCAUGCUGUACACGUCCGGAUCAACGGGGCAGCCAAAGGGGCUGGUGCAUAGCACUGCUGGGUACAUGACGCAAGCUGCUGUGACGCACCGCGCAAUCUUCGACUACCAGCCCGGCGACGUGUACGCGUGCGUCGCCGACGUUGGCUGGAUCACGGGUCACUCAUAUGUUGUGUACGGCCCACUUGCCAACGGUGCAACAACGCUGCUGUUUGAGAGCAUCCCCACCUACCCCGACAGCGGCCGCUACUGGGAGAUGGUGGAGAGGUAUGGCAUCAACCAGUUCUUUACAACACCAACCGCCAUCCGACGGCUGAUGAAAGACGCUGACGAGUUUGUGACCAAGUACGACCGCUCCAGCCUCCGCGUCCUCGGAUCAGCCGGGGAGCCCCUCAAUCCGGAGGCGUGGAAGUGGUACCACAACGUGGUUGGGGACGGUCGCUGUGACAUCAUCGACUCGUGGUGGCAGACAGAGACGGGAGCGCCGAUGCUUGCGCCGCUCGUGGGGACGAACAACCACAAGCCAGGCGCAGCCAUGCAGCCGUUUUUCGGCAUCACGCCUGCAAUCCUCAACGACGACGUGCGUUCAGCCGUGCUGCGCGCGUGUGUGUAUCGCAACCCGUCGAUGGCGCGCACGAUCCACGGGGACCACGAGCGGUACACGAGCACGUACUGGGGUGUGUAUCCGGGGUACUACUUCACGGGUGACGGCGCGCGGCGGGACGAGGACGGGCACCUGUGGAUCACGGGACGCGUCGACGAUGUCAUCAACGUCUCCGGCCACCGCAUGGGCACUGCCGAGAUUGAGAGCGCGCUGCUUGAGCACGGCGGCGUUGCGGAGGCCGCUGUUGUCGGAUAUCCUCACGACGUCAAGGGCCAAGGCGUGUAUGCGUAUGUGAUUCUGAAGGCCGGGGAGCGCGUGACGGCGGAGACAGCGGACGAGCUGAAGGCGGCGGUGCGACGCAGCAUUGGCGGGCUGGCCGUCCCAGACGUCAUCCAGAUCACGCCAGACCUGCCAAAGACCCGCUCCGGCAAGAUCAUGCGUCGCAUCCUCCGCAAAAUCGCCGCAAACCAGUACGAUGACCUUGGCGACGUGACGACGUUAUCAAAUCCAGAGGCGGUGACAGCCAUCAUCGAUGACCACAAGGCGAUUCACGCAUGAUCCCACGCUCUCCUGCCUUGACCGUCUUGUCGACUGCCAUCAACAUCGCCAUUGUGUGUGUGUGUCUGUCUGUCUGUCCCUCUGUCUGUCUCUGUCUGUCUGUCUGUCUGUCUG